UAAACAUAAAAGACAAGUUAAAACAUUUUUCCUUUUUAUUAUAAUUUACAAUAUUACAAUUAAGUAACUAUUGUUAUUUUAGGUUUGUUUUAUGUCUUUUAUUUAGUUUCGUUUAGGAAAAAUGUUGUCCGUUCAAGAUAAGAAGGGUGAGGAAAUUCAGAUAUCUGAAGAAGAAAAUGAUAAACUUACUAUAAAACCUUUAGGUGCUGGACAAGAGGUUGGUAGAUCAUGUAUUGUUAUGGAAUUCAAAGGAAAAAAAAUUAUGCUUGACUGUGGAAUUCAUCCAGGUCUUCAAGGUUUAGAUGCAUUGCCGUUUGUGGAUCUCAUUGAAGCAAAUGAAAUUGAUUUACUAUUAAUCACUCAUUUUCAUUUGGACCAUAGUGGAGCAUUACCGUGGUUUUUACUCAAGACUAAAUUCAAAGGAAAAUGUUACAUGACUCAUGCAACCAAAGCCAUUUAUAGAUGGUUAUUAUCAGAUUACAUUAAAGUCAGCAACAUAGGAACUGAACAAAUGCUUUAUACUGAAGCUGAUUUAGAAAAGAGUAUGGAUCGUAUUGAAACAAUAAAUUUCCACGAAGAAAAAGAUGUUGGAGGUAUUCGUUUUUGUGCUUAUAAUGCUGGCCAUGUAUUAGGUGCUGCAAUGUUCAUGAUUGAGAUUGCUGGUGUUAAAGUUUUGUAUACUGGAGACUUUUCAAGACAAGAAGACAGACAUUUAAUGGCUGCUGAAAUACCACCUUCAAGGCCGGAAAUUCUUAUUACUGAGUCUACUUAUGGAACUCAUAUUCACGAAAAACGUGAAGAACGUGAACGAAGAUUUACUAUGCUUGUCAAUGAUAUUGUUAAUCGAGGUGGAAGGUGUUUAAUUCCAGUUUUUGCAUUAGGACGAGCUCAAGAAUUAUUGUUAAUCUUAGAUGAAUAUUGGGGUCUUCACCCAGAACUUCACGAUAUUCCAAUAUAUUAUGCAUCUUCGUUGGCUAAAAAAUGUAUGGCUGUAUAUCAGACAUAUAUUAAUGCUAUGAAUGAUCGUAUCAAACGUCAAAUUGCUGUUAAUAAUCCUUUUGUUUUUAAACAUAUUACUAACCUUAAAAGCAUUGAUCAUUUUGAAGAUAUUGGUCCUUGUGUUAUAAUGGCAUCUCCUGGUGUUAUGGAAAGUGGUCUUUCUAGAGAGCUUUUUGAAAUGUGGUGUACAGAUAGUAAAAAUGGAGUUAUAAUUGCUGGUUAUGUGGUACAAGGAACACUAGCUAAAGCUAUUUUAUCUGAACCUGAAGAUAUCACAACAAUGACUGGACAAAAGUUACCAUUGAAAAUGUCUGUAGAUUAUAUUUCAUUUUCAGCACAUACAGAUUAUCAACAAACACGAGAAUUUAUAAACAUUUUAAAACCACCCCAUAUUGUAUUAGUACAUGGAGAACAAAAUGAAAUGCAAAGGCUGAAAUCUGCUUUGGUUAGAGAAUAUGAAGAAAACUCUGAAGAUAUUAAAGUUUAUAACCCCCGGAAUACUGUAGGAGUUGACUUUUAUUUUACUGGGGAAAAAACUGCUAAAGUAAUGGGAGAAAUAGCUGUUGAGAAACCAGCAGAAGAUAAUAUUUUAAGUGGUGUUUUAUUAAAAAAAAAUUUUAGCUAUCAUAUUUUUGCUUCUGAAGAUAUCCCAAGAUAUUCUGAUAUGUUAUUAAGCGAAAUUCAUCAAAAACAACUUCACAGAUUUACAUCAUCAUUUACAGUAUUACAAAAUAUGUUAUCCCACUUGACUGGUAGUGUACCUGAAAUAAUUAUUCCAAACAAAAAGUUAAGAGUAUUAAACUCGGUGGAUGUCUCUGUGGAUAAAAACUUUGCGACCCUAGAAUGGAGCACUACACCUGAAAAUGAUAUGUAUGCAGAUAUUGUUGUACAAGUGUUAAUGAAAAUUCAGUCAAUGAGUAAUGGGGACAUGAAAAAUGUGGCAUCAGUUCCAUUUACUGAGUAUGACCAUAUGCAUUUCAAAGAAUGUCUGAUUGAAAUCUUACAAGAGAUGUUUGGUGAAGAAUCUGUGCCAAAAAUAUUUAGAGGUGAAAAGUUGUUUGUCGCUGUUGAUGGGAAAAAAGCUAAUAUUAAUUUAAAAAAUUUGGAAGUAACGUGUGAAGAUGAAGUUUUGCAACGAAUGGUACAGGCUGCCAUAUCUAGAUUACAUAAUACUGUAACACCUUUAAAUAUUACAAAUAUGACAACAUAAUUUGUUCCAUUUUUUUUUUUUUUUUUUUUAUUAUUAUUAAUUUUAUAUACAUGAAAUU